AUGUGCAGGCUGGAGCUGCUUGCAAAACUGGCACUGGUGACCCUGGUCCUCCUGGGCCGGGUGGAAGCCUGUGUCCCUCGGGAAGGUGGCCCACUGGGCCCCAGCUCCAGCCUCUCUAGAAAGCUGCGGCUGUCCCUGGGUUUGCUGAGCCUGCAGGUGCUGACCGAUGAAACCAGCGACUGCAGUGAAGAGAAGCUCGGCCUGGCCACCACACCUGGGCGGCCAGUCCAGAGGCGGAACAGCUGGAGCCUGCUGAGGUGCACCUACAUGGUGGUCACCUUCCUGUUCGUGUCCUACAACAAGGGAGACUGGUGCUAUUGCCACUACUGCAACCCGGACACAGAUGUCAGGUAG